AUGGGCUCGUGUAAUCAAUGCCUGUAGAAGCAAGAGCCACUCAAAUCAGGAAGGAUCUAAAACAUAUUAUUUAAGUAAUCGCCACAAAACCAUAGAAUGGCAAUCAAAAUUUAAUAGGCCUAUAGAUCCUACAUUAUCCGAUAAAAAUUAAAGUACGUCAAUAUCGUUAUUUAAAGUUUAAAAUUGGCAGAGAAAAAAGCAAGGAAUCAGAUUAAAUGUAAUUCAACUGAAGAUAUUAUUGUUGACUAUCAUACUAACUCAUAUUCUCCGAAAAUUCAUCAGUCUGAUGUUACCAAUACUUUUUUCAGCUUCCAAAACAAUCAAAAGGAGAAAGCUCCUCAAAUUUUUAAUCGUUAACUAAGUCUCAAAUUAGAACCGAAAGAAACUGAUUAAUCCGAAUUUGAAGAACUCAUUUUAAACGACUAAACUGUUUUUCAAAAAUAUCCUCAAUCUUCUAAUAACUGUAUUGGGGCUCCUAAAAAUCAAAAAGAAAAAAUUAAUUCAUUUAAGUUUGGUUGUGUCUUGACUCUAGAAACACUUGAGUCAAAAGAUUAAAUCAUUUUAAAAUAAAAUUUUCAUAAGAGACAAAAAUUGGACACAAUCAAAUUAAUUGGUGGGAACUCUUAUAAUGGGGAAUGGUUGAACUCUUUACCUGAUGGGAAGGGCAGAUACUCUUUUUCUGAUUCAUCCUAUUAUUAAGGAGAUUUUAUGAGAGGGUUAUUUCAUGGCAAGGGCGAAUUCAAAAGUAAGUAAGGUAGCUAUUAUAGAGGACAAUGGCAAUACAACAAAAUGCAUGGUCAAGGUACUUACAAUUAUAAUAAUGGAUGUAAAUAUGAAGGUACUUCUAUAAUUAAUUAAAACUUAGGUAGUUGGGAAAGAGAUCUACCCAAUGGACAAGGUAUAGAAUGGUAUGUUAAUGGUUCUGUUUAUGUGGGUACUUUUUUGAAUGGAAUAAAACAUGGAACAGGGAAAUUAACAUUUAACGUAGGAGAAAUCUAUGAGGGGGAAUUUCAAUUCGAUAAUUUCAAUGGAUAAGGAAUAUAUGUAUAAAUUGAUGUUACUAUAUGUAAUAUAGAGAUGGCAAGAUGGAAGAAUCUAUGAAGGAGAAUGGUUGAAUGGCAAAAUGUGCGGGAAGGGACUCUUGGCUUGGCCUGAUGGGCGUUUCUAUAAGGGCUUAUAUUUGAAUGAUCUAAAACACGGUUUUGGGAUAUUUUCUUACUCCGAUGGUCGUAAAUACAUAGGUCAAUGGAAGCAUGGCCUGUAACAUGGAUAAGGAGAGUUCCAUAAGGGAGGAAAGACAUCCCUUGUUACCAAAGGGAUUUGGAAGUAGGGGUAAUUAGUUAAAUUGCUCUGA